AUAAGACGUAGUGACUUACCGACGUGAAAGAAAGUUUUGCGCACGAAACCGAUGCAUGCUGGUGACUCACUGCAAACAGUAAUAGAAAUAAUGUUAUUACCUUUUCCGUAUAUAUAGGUGUUGAUUGAUGAUUGCGAUUUACGUCAUUGUUGCUGUUAUCGGAUUAUUUAUUUACACGUUCAUUAAAGUCAACAUCAACGAGCGGCUAGUUGAUUUAAGUAUGAGUCGAUUGUCUUUGAAGAGGAAUCGUGAGUAUGACACAAAUCACAUAGAAAUGUCAGAUGAUGAAAGUUUUGAUGCAUUGCCAAGCUCAAGGAAAAGGACAAAUCAUAAUGAGUUCACAAACAGGACAAGCCAUAACACAAUUAAUGCCCCAAACAGUUUGAUAGAUACUUCUAAUUGUGAACCUACUGUUUAUACAUCCAGUUCAAGAUUUGUACACGAUAUAUCAGAUGAUUUAAGUAGUGACGAUGAUGAUGAUGUUAUCAUCAAAGGAAUUCCUACUACCUCUGGUAGUAGACAACAAUCAAUGUUUCACUGGAAUAAGAAUUUAACAAGUAUACCGCAAUAUCAAAACACUUACUCCAAAACUGGCAUCUCGCUUGAUUCAAAUUUCACAGAGGAAAUACCUGCAGAAUCAUGUGAUAACAAGAAACAAGUGACAAUUAAUCUAAAUAGCUCAGAUGAUGACGAUGAUAACAACCUGAUUAACUUGAACGAUCCAACAAGGGAGGCUUCGCCACCUAAAGUUACAAUACAUUAUGAUGAAAUGAUCGCUGGUGUCCCAGUCAAAUUCCCUGUCAAACCAUAUCUGUGUCAAAAAGCUGUGAUGAACAAUCUUAUCAGAGGAUGCACUAGAGAGGAGAACUGUCUUAUAGAGAGUCCAACUGGCAGUGGCAAGACACUGGCACUUCUUUGUGGAGCUUUAGCAUGGCAGGAGCAGUAUAGUGGAAAGAUUAGCGCGGAUCUGAAUCAAUCGAUGGACAUGGAGGACUUCAGCGGAGACGACGCUUUCUGUAACUUGCCCGUUGACCCCGACAAGCAGUGUGAUAAAAGCAAGAAGAUACCGCGGAUACCGAAGAUAUUCUACGGUACGCGGACGCACAAGCAGAUCGCGCAAAUAGUCCGAGAAUUGAAGAAGACCGCGUACAGGAAUAAGAGGAUGACUGUACUGAGCAGCCGAGAUCACACGUGCAUCCAAGAGUCGAACAGGAACAAGAACGAGCUCUGCAACGAGCUGCUCGAUCCGAAAAAGCGUACCAAGUGUCCGUAUUAUAAUGAACAAAAUAAAAGAAACAUGGCGUCGUUUGAGACAGUGCAGCGUCUCGGAUUGAGGACACCUUGGGACAUUGAAGAUUUGCUCUCGCUGGGCAAGCGGAUCGGUGCCUGUCCGUAUUUCGCCGCCAGAUCUCUGAUGGCCGACGCGGAGAUCGUCAUGUGUCCCUACAACUACAUCAUAGACCCAAACAUCCGCGAGAGCAUGCAGAUCAAUCUGAAAGGCAACGUCAUAAUAUUGGACGAGGCUCACAACAUCGAGGAUAUUUGUCGGGAAGUUGCCAGCGUAGAUAUAAAAGAUACGAAGCUCGUGGCUGCCUCCGAGGAAUGCGAGAUUCUCUCGCACAACCGCAAAGUUAAUGAAAAUAUGUACACGACGAUAUAUACAUAUCUCCGAAAGUUCGUGCAAUUCCUCACGAAUGUCGACGUCAAGGACAACGCGAACGAUAACCAUAUGGUCAGUAAGGAAUGGCUUGGCAUGGAAUUACUCGAAGUGCUCAACAUGGAACAAAUCGGACAUUCUGCCUUUCCCCUUUUUCUCGCUGCCAGUAGAGCAGCCAUUCAGGAUUUCACCAGCAUGAGGGAGACCUUCUCCGAGAGAGCCAUACCCACCAUCACUCUCGACGCCAAAACGGUCCUCGAAAAUCUCUGUUUCGCUAUAGAAAUGAUUAGCUCGGAGAGUUACGUUAACGACUACAAAGCGUACGUUGUCGAGGUCGAAGAGUACAGAGCUGCGUGUACGAAGGCGGCCGAUGACGUCUGGGUGUCGAUGAGAAACAAGCGGCAACGAGUACGCGUGUUGAAACUGGUCUGCAUGAAUCCCGCGGUGAUCUUCGCGCCUAUCGCCCGCACCGCCCGCUCGGUGAUCCUCGCUUCGGGUACGUUGUCGCCGGUCUCGUCUUUCGAGAGCGAACUCGGAACGCGAUUUCCGCACAAGCUCCAUGCCAAUCACGUUAUAUCGAGGGAGCAGGUGUACGUUAGGUGUAUAUCGAGAGGACCGGCCGGUGAAGCACUGAAGGCCACCUACGAGAACGUAAACGACUGGACUUUCAUGAAAGGACUUGGAAACUUGAUCGUCCAAGUGUGCGACGCGGUACCGUACGGUGUUCUGUGCUUCUUUUCGUCUUACCCCACGAUGCAUAAGAUACACAACCGGUGGAAAGACACCGGCAUUUGGGCCCAACUGGAGCAACUGAAGAAGAUCUUCGUGGAGCCGAAAACUACCAAGGAGCUCGAUGAGGUGAUGCGACAAUAUCACAGGGCCAUUGACGAGUCGUCCUCCGAUGAGAAAUCCGGGGCGAUCCUGUUCGCUAUCUUUAGAGGUAAAGUGGCGGAAGGCACUGAUUUCAGCGACAAUGAAGCGCGAUGUGUAUUGACGGUCGGUAUACCGUUUAGCAAUAUAAAGGACAAGAGUAUAUGCAUGAAGAAGGAUUACAAUAACUCCAAUGCGUCGAAAGGAUUGCUGUCCGGUUCAGAAUGGUUUACCGUACACGCGUUCAGAGCGUUAAAUCAAGCGUUGGGUCGUUGCAUCCGGCAUAAAGACGACUGGGGUGCGGUUUUGUUGGUGGAUGUGAGAUUGCAGAGAGAACUGUAUCGUAAAAAUUUCGAAUACCUGCCAAAGUGGAUCAGAGAAAUGUGGAAAGAUGACAGUAACUACGACUUACAAGGAGAACUCGGGAACUUUGUGGCGGGACACGUUGCUCGCGAAAGGGGCAGAAUGUAUCUUGAAGAAAAGAAAGCACAAGGGUCUUAUAAAACAUCAGUCCAUGGGAUGGAUUGAAAUGUUAGAAAUUAGUUUA